UAUAAACACUCCAAAACUUAGUUAUUACUUCUUUUUUUUCUUAACAAACUAGGAAGUUAGUUAACUACAAUUAUAAAUAGUUCAAAAAUUAGUCUAUUUCCCUCUCUUUUUCUUUCUUCCUCUCUGCUUCUACAUUUCUUCUGCAACUUUCAUUAUCAUCAUCUUCUUGUUCUUGUUCAAACUCGGAAUCAAGAAGAAAUUUCAUCAAGAUCAUGUCUGAAGAUAAACGCGAAAAUGGCCAAAAUAAGAAACAAAAGAUGAAGUCUGCAGUACAAGAAGAAGAAGAGUAUAAACCAAUUAUGCAAGAAUUAUUUUCUCAAACGAACACGAACUUCAUGAUCCCUAUAUUCCUGGAUACAAUUGAAUCUGCUAAUCGAAGCACGGAUCUUUUUCCUCUCCAGAACAAAUAUAUUGAGCAAGGUGAAGAAAUUCCGUCAUCUGUAGCUGUGGAAGCGAAUCAAAGUUCCAAAGUAUUAUUGUCAAAAAGGAAAAGGUCUAACCUUGAAACUGUUGAAGAAUUGCCAAAAGGAUCAAUGGAGGAGGAUAGUGAAAACGAUUUUGAUUCGAUAAAUUUGCUGAUUAGACUGGUGGAGACAUGCCUUGAACUGAACUCUGAAGAUGAUAUGGAAAUGUAAAUGGAAUUCUGAUUAGAUUUAGUGACCACCUUUUCAAUCUGAUGAGUCUGAUGAAGAUUACAUUCCUUGAUCUGAAGUCUGAAGAUGCAAUAGAGAAAGGUAAAUGCAAUUCAUAAAAUAGAUUUAUUGACCAAAAACACUACUCAUAUAGAAGAGAACAGUAUGUAGAUUGUGACCAAUUUUCCUUGUUUUGUAUCAGCAAAAAAAUGCUAUUUGGAUAAGGAAGGCCUAAUGACUUUUACUGUUUUAAUCUUGAUUUAGACAUAAUUACCAAAUCUCUAUUGCAUCAGUACUGGCUGAUCUGCAGAUUCUUGCCCUAGCUCCCUUAUGUGUUGCGAGAGGUAGGCCGGUAGAGUGAUUAGGCAGGACAUGUCAUAACUUCUGAUAAGAGGGUGUGGAGGUCGAAAAUUAAGAUAGAAGGUUAAUAGGUAGUAGAGUGUUUUGGUAAUGUAACUUUGUGUUCUUGUUGAUUGUUCCUGCUUGUUUUGCUAAUGUCCAUUAGAAACAACCUUUCUACGUCUCCAGGUAGUGGUAAGGUAUGCCUACACACCACGCUCCCAAACGCUCUAGAAUUUCUCAGCCUUUUACUGUUGAAAGUAGACAAAAUUGAGCCAGACAGCAAAAUAACCUUUGAGUAAACAGCACUAUACUGUUGAGAUUUGGGAUCUCAUUUUACUUAACAUAGAGACAAAUAUGGAAUAUAACACUGCCUGUGUGAGCCUGUCUAUAUUGUUGGUUCCAAACUUGGAUAGACGAAGAGGGUUACCAUAGUUUGACUACUAGAGCAGAACUUAUGAAUAUAUGAUGAAUCAUAACAAUACCAAAAGAAAUGAGCAUAAAUUGAGAGGCUAUAGCCAACGUAAACUUGGUUGAGAUUCAGACAUAGUUCAUACCGAUAUCAUAUGAAGGAUAAACAUACAAGGAAUUUACAAACAAUUUCAAGUUUUAUUUUUAUAGAAACUAGCAAAGUAAUGUGAAAACUCUCAAUCUCCACAAUGAACCUUCUUGUUAUUCUUGCUCACAUGGUGUAUCCAUUUAAGCCCUUUAAUUGCCUUAGAAAUCCUCACAAAAUUAGACCUUCCAAUUCCCAAAUUCAUUUUCCUAGCUGACAACUUUAGUGCCUGUAAGCAACACAACUGAUCAAUGUGCUCAUUUAUCUGUUCUACUUUUACAUAGCUCUUCACCUCUUCUUUUUUCUUCAUCUUCUUAUUCUUUUUAUCAUCUCUGUUUUCUUUCUUUAUAGAGUCGAUUUCGUACUUUUCCCAUAACAAAUCCAUUCCUUCACCACUGCUAUUACUAGCACUGAGCCUUUCCUCAUAAAACUUACAUCCCAAUGUCCUUUUCCAAUCUUUUGCUUUAUGGAAUUUUGUCCCCUUUGACUCAAUUUUCUUCUCUUCAAACACAUCAAGUUCUUUCAAGAAGUCUUCCAGUAUCUUCUUCUUCAUUAUGCCCCUAUUACUACUCAUUUCAGCUGAAAUUUCUCUUCUUACACAUAUGGCUGUACUAGAGCCUAAUUCAUAACAUGAUGACUCAAGAAUUGAUCAAUCACUCCCCUCAGCUGAUUUACAGUCCUAGAAGUCAACUUCAUAAAAAAAAAAUGGGGGUAGGGGAAUGGGAAAUGAUGGAGGGGAUUACACCAUAGGGAAUCAAAGUUUAGCGAACAAACUGAACUACUAAGAUUCCCCAAAAUUCUAUUGAGUUUCAACAAGAAUUAAACUUUCACUUCCCUUAGCUGAUUUACAAUCCAAGAAUGCAAAAGGGGAGAGAAUAAUACUAAACAUGUCUGAUUCAAAAAAAGAUCUUUGGGGAUGAAGGAAAAAAGCAAAAGGGGAGAGAAAAGAUAGGAUAUUUUUACAAGUUGAAGAAAGAUUAGAAUGGAGUAGGAGAAGCAAAGAGAAUGAAGGGAGAGGAAGUCAAAGAUAAUAAAUAAUAGCAUAAAAUUGAGUAUUUGUAGAAUUGAUAGAUAAGAACAGCUCAGACAUUUUUAUUCCUGAAGAAUAGUAGUGGAGAACGAGGGGGGAAUUGAAAAAUGGAAUAUGGAGGAGAAAUGGGGGAAGAAUAAGUAAAAGAAGAAUCUAGUGCCCUGUAAAAACAGUGUUGUGACUUUGUGAUGGUAAAUGCCUAUAGGGGUGUGAUCUAAUUUUGAAACAACGAGAAUAUACGAUCAAAUCUCUAUAUAAUGAUUCUGAAAUUAUAUCAAAAUGUUAUUACAGAAGAAGAAGAUUGUUUAUAGAAAAAUUUCACUAUAAUUCAUAUGAGGAAUAAUCAAUCAUCCCCACUUAAAAUUAUACUCGAUGCGAUCAGUGAAAGAAGCCUAAAUUAAAUGCACUAAAAGAAGCCUAAACCGGUUUUGUGAUUCCUAAAAAAAAGAAA